AUGAUUUAUAGAACCAAGAAGAAACAAAAUUAUGGUCCAAUCAAUUUUGAAACACUUGGUGAUCAUUCUAAUUGGGUGUUCGGGGAUUCACCACCAUUCUUGAUCAUUGAGGAGGUGGAAGCACUACGCAAAAAUCUUGCUAAUGAAUUAAAUUUGGAUGAGAUUGACGUUAAGGGAGAUGCACAAUUUAAUUUUGGAGAAAACAACCAAAGUAAUGGUAUCAUUGAUGGAGAAGAUGUUGCAAAUGCGAUUGAUUUUGCUGAUGAUGAUUUUGAUAUUGAAGGAGAUCUUAACAUUGAAAUAAUUUUACCUCCUUGGAACUAA